GCCGAGUGCUUUGCAUGCUGAACAAUUGUUGGACAUGCGAGCAGCCGGUGUGAGGACGUUCUGCUCUGAGGAAUUAUUGCACAGCAAAUGGGACGUAAAAUGUUAGAAUAAUCAUGUAUCUGAGGUGGAGGACACCAGGCUGUGGCUUAAAACAGAAUCCCAAGUGACCAGUGAACAGGGGAGUUGAGGGGACCCUAGAAGAGAUGUCGUCAAGCGAGGAGUGAAGUGUGGGCCAUGAGUGCUGUGAAACGCUCUGAGGUCCUGGUCAAUGGUCCAGAGGACAGACGGCGUCCCGCACACGCUGCACAGCGGACAGAGAGGAGAAGCCACGGAGUGAAGAAGCAGCUUCCACCAACAGAAGGCCGGAGAGUCCUCCAGUUAAGACUUCAGCAGAGGAGGACACGAGAGCAGCUGGCAGACCAAGGCAUCAUGCCUCUAAACCAUGGUAAGUUCCCCAAGCAGGAGGACUCGUAUGCGUUCGAGGAAGACAGCAGCAGUGAGAGUCUGUCUCCAGAGCAGCACCACAGUGAUGAGUCGCAGGGCUCCGCCUGCCCUUCAUCGGAGGCUGUCGGCAGCACGCCCUCCUCCUCCUCCUCACCUGCCCUAACCAGCCCACGACAGGGAGGUGCAACCAGAGACCCACCUGAUCAAGGCCAGGAUGAAGGGCUGUCUGGUGCCAACAACAGCCAGGCUUCCCCCCCGAUACCUGUUCCUGCUAUUGUCAAGUCCAAGACUUCAGACAAGAACCGACACAAGAAGCCCAAAGAUGUGAAGCCGAAGGUGAAGAAGCUCAAGUACCACCAGUACAUUCCUCCGGACCAGAAGGCAGAGAAGUCUCCUCCGCCCAUGGACUCGGCCUACGCCCGACUCCUCCAGCAACAGCAGCUCUUCCUGCAGCUGCAGAUCCUCAGCCAGCAGAAACACGCUCACACACACCCGCAGUCGCAGCAGCACUCACACACACACACUCCACAGACACAGGCCCAGGCCCAGGCUCAGCAGCGGCAGCCCUCUUUCAGCUACCAGCCCCACCCAGCCACCCAAACCCAGAAAGGAGCCAGUGAGCAGCUGUCAGCUUGUGGCUCCAGCGGUCCAUCCAGCCAAGCCAACAGCAACUCCUCCUCCCCAGUCAAGAGCACAUACGCCAACCAAAGCAACAUCUCGCCGGUCCAACCCGGGCCCCUGCCGGCUAAUCUGGAUGACCUGAAAGUAUCAGAGCUCAGGCAGCAUCUUCGUAUUCGUGGCAUGCCCGUCUCCGGCACCAAGACAGCCCUCAUCGAGCGCCUCCGACCCUUCAAGGACUCCAACGCUGGCUCCUCGCCAUCUGGCUCCUCUGACAUCACCACAGUGACCUUCCCUGUCACACCCACAGGAUCCCUGUCCUCCUACCAGUCCCCGUCCUCCUCUAGUGUCCUGUCCCAGGGAGGCUACUACCCGUACCCCAGCACCUCCUCCACCCCUCCUGUCUCUCCUGCCUCCUCCGAGCUGUCCCUCAGCGGCUCUCUCCCCGACAGCUUCAGCGACGUGCCCAUGUCCUCGCCGACGCAGUUCGCCCUGCAGCCAUCUCCGGCCCAGCUCGGCAUGGAGGAUGGCCUGGGCGGGGGAGGCCCGAGGAUGGGGGAGAGUGGAGGUAUGGAUGGCGAGGAAGCUGAAAAAGAUAAGAUGCUGGUGGAAAAGCAGAAGGUGAUUGAGGAGCUGACGUGGAAGCUGCACCAGGAGCAGAGACAGGUUGAGGAGCUGAGGAUGCAGCUCCACAAGAGGAAACGCUGCUAUGGAGCCACACAGGACACCGUCCCCCCUCAGCUUCACCCCUCCAUGCACCACCAGCAGACUUCAGCCAUGAUGGGGCAGCACUUCUUCGGGGUGACUAUCAAGCAGGAGCCCAUGUCCUUGUCCCCCAGCUGCCCUCUGUCCUCUCCCAAACAGCUGAAGGGCUCUGCUGGCAGCUGCAUGGAGGAUUUGGGACACUGCAACAACCACCUCUCCAAUAUGGGGGGCCCCGGAGGGCCACAAUGUAUGGACACUUCCUCUGGCAGCCCCUCCACAAUGUCUGCUUUCCUCAGUCCCCAUUGCUCGCCACAAGACUCCCCCAUCGGAAAGCCUUCCAGUAGCCCCCAGCCGUCAUCUCCCAAUAACCCCUACUUGCUGCCACCUCCGCUGGGAAGAGACGGCUGCGGUCACCCCCACCCCCAGGCCAACAACAGAGCACGCCACAUGCAGAUGCAGCAGAAGAACAGUGGCCAGGCGGUGAACUGUUCGUAUCCCUCUGACCAAAGAGGCCUUCAGGGAGUCUUUAGCUCCACAGAUUGUGGCCACAGCGGCUCAGCCAAGCCAGACAACCACAAUAUGCAACCAAAGAUGUCAGUAGUGCCCUCUCCUCGGCAUGUUGGCCUAAAGUGCCAGGUCUCUCCCCCUGCCUUCAGUAGCUCAGAUUCAGAUGCAUCAGACAUAAGACAGCCCCCACGCUAUGAGGAUGCAGUCAAGCAGCAACUGACCAGAAGUCAGCAGAUGGACGAACUUUUGGAUGUGCUCAUAGAGAGUGGAGAGAUGCCAGCUAACGCCGGAGAAGAGAGGGAGAGGGCCUCUGUAACCAAAGUUGUGCCUCACAUUACUGUGUCCCCAGGGUGUCCCGGCCUCCUCAUCCCUAGGUUCCACAGACACUACGAACACCUGUCCCCCUCCCAGCUGCCUUACAACCACUCAGCCAAUCACAUCACCGAGAGCCACCUGGAGAAUCUGCUGGGAAGUCCAAUCGGCAGGGGAGGGGAGGUGGCUCUUCUUAAAAUGGCUGCCGAGGACGGGGGGCAGGAAGAUGAAGGAAACAGAGACGGCGAAGGGUACGGGAGCCCCCACAACCACCACCACCACCGACAGCCUCACCAUCCCCAACAGGACAAACUUCUGACCAACAGAGAUCUGAUGGACACCCCUCUGUCACCCAUCGGCACCAAGGUGUCCGCCGUCUCCGAGGUGCAGGGGAUGGUCAGCAUGACUUUCAGCGAGACGCCGUGGGAGACGAUGGAGUGGCUGGACCUGACGCCGCCCAGCUCGGCCAUGGCCUUCAGUAUUGCUCCUCCCAGUGGGCCCAGCAUAUUCAACACAGAGUUCCUGGAUGUCACAGACAUUAACUUGAACUCUGCCAUGGAUCUUCACCUGGAACACUGGUGAAAGCAACAUGCUAGCCAUCAGCCGUCAAUCACAAGACACCAGCUUCCAAGUAGCUGAGCGCUGCUGAUAUCAGCUAUGGCCAUGCCAAAGAACUAUUGACUUCUCCAUGAACAGCUUCAGUCCAAGUACCACAAUGUGCCUCUUGUUAUAUUACAGUGGAAUGUGACAUUAAGUAGUCCAUUGGCUGCAUUCAAAGAUUGACGGCUUUGUUGAACUACAGAAUGAUAUAUUGACUUAUUCCCUCCACUUCAGAGAAAUUAGGUUCCGGUGUCGCCAUCUUACCCAGAAUCCAUUGGACCAGGAUGCCAAAUAAGAAUGAGAGUGACGGCUUUCCUCGGUAAUGGGUUAAUGAUUACAUUGCUUUGUACCAACACGUCAUGCAAAAUCAAUGUUACGCCACUUAGACUUGAAGACACAUUUUGACGAUCAUUGUAUAUUUUCGGAGUCUAUGUUUAUAUUACUGGAAAAAGAAGAAAAAAACAAAGGAAUUACAAGUUGAAUAGGAUUGCUUGGUACGGCCAUUUUGUAAAUAUCUCAACUUUCUGUACGGAGACAAGUCUGCAUAUUUUGUCAGUGGUGUGAGAGAAGACACAAACCACAAAUGAUGUAAUCGGUUCAUCAAAUGAUGUAAAUAUGUCAACAUUAUCUCACUGUGCACCUCUAGCUGAAAACACAUUCGUCACAGUUUGCUUAAGCUUCCAAUAUGUGUGUGGAAACGGUUAACAUUCCUUUGAAGGACCUUUUUUCUUUUUAACGAGUUUCUUUUCACUAUUUGGCGUCUCGAACCCCAGAAUGACAUUAGGAGAGAAACCUUUGGUCUUAUCGGUUUUAAUUGGCAGACAAAAUGUGCCUUAUUUGCAGCAGCCUUUUAUUACCUAUUUUAUACCAGUUUCCCCUUUAAUAAAAUGUAUACGCUCACUGUAUUUGCUAUUCCCUGAAAGCUGUUGACAGAUAUUAAUAUAGAUAAAUCCAACAUAAGUCAACAUCAGUUUGUCAAACAAAUGUUAAAAAAUGAAAUGAAAAAUGUAACUGCAUCUCUAUUCGUUCAUAAGAAGUAGCAUUUUGUCCUUACAAAUUCCACCCUUUCUAUUCCCAGGCCACAGUUAUUUAUUUUGUGUUUUUAUAUUUAUACUUUAUCCUGUAUUUAUACUGACAUUCCUUUCUCAUAGAUUGGGGCGCUUUGAUUUAAUGGGAAAACUCCAGUGCUGCCAUUUUGACCAGGAACAUUUCUGAGUCUAUCAAUUCUCUUAAAAAUGUGAUACAACGUGAAGGAACCACUUCCAGAAGCCGUGCUUUCUUAAUUCACCUUUCUUUAAAGUGGACAUUAGUCCCUUAUUAGCACUUGUGAAUAGGAAAAUGUAAUAUAUUCAGAUCCUUACUGUGAACACUGCACAUUAACACAGCAUAACGUGUGGUGGAGCCAGCGUAUACACACAGCAGUUCCACUGAAGAGAGGAUUUCACCUCCGAGGUUGGUAGUUCUGGUCCGUAAAUGUCCUUUGUGACAUGUGAACACUUAUAGGGAGGCUUAUAACUUCUCAUCUAACUAUUGUGAAGAAAGCAAAUACAUAGACUUCCUAAAUGAUCAAACUUAUACAUUUCCAACCUAUUUCUGUUGUCUGUAAACUUGGGUCUCACUGUGUGUUGUUAGACCAAAUCUUGUUUUUUUCCUGUUACUUAUGAAGUGUUGCACUUGUUAAAGGGUUUCUAUGGUUACAUGGAGGCUAUGAAUGACCAUCUUGAAUAAAUGACAAAGCUGAUAUUCUUCACUUCAUGUCUUCUUUAGUGAGAAUAUCGACUGGUUCAUUUCAUCAUCCCAUCUGACAAAGCGUCCAUGUUGAUGGCCACUGACUUGCUUUACUAUUGUCAAAAUAAAAACAGUAUUUGUCUGCAUCCCUGUAUACAACAGAAAGAGAAGCAAUAAACUUAUCACAGCAAAAUCA